AUGAAGACUUGGUUGAAUACAUACAAAGUGGGUUGUGCUGAGGAGUGUUACGUUACAUACAGUAAUGUGUUUGAUAAGAUAAUAGAGGACGUUACUGCAUACAAGAAUAUCCUGACUUCGAUCAAACAGGAAUAUGAGGCGUUUAUUGCCAGAAUCAGGAAUGGCCAAAGGAAUGCAUUUUUUCUUCACGGGAGAUUAAAAGCCUUGGAAUCUGAGUCCACAGCUCUAUUAUACUAUAGGAAAAGAGCAAUGGAGCUUGAAGACAAAAUAAAAGCUAUUCAGAAGAAUUCUGCAAAAAUUAAAAACGUAAUAUUGGAAAUGUAUAAUGUAAGAAAGGUACCCUCAGAAACCUUUGGCACCUCAGGGAAAACAGCACAUCCUCUUAAGCCCAUCCCAGCUGUUAGCUGCCUUAAAGGAAGAAAUCUCUCUUUGCUGAAGUAUUUUGACACUCUGCUACACUCAAGUACUGCAGCUGGACACCUUCCAAAUUCAGCCAUAACUCUGGAAGCAAUCAUCAAAUGUGCAUUGGCUGAAAAGCAAUUAGAUCUAGUAACACGUUGGGUUAAACAGCAAAGGUUAACCUUUUCUGGUGUAGGAGAUAUUAUUUAUGACUACGGGAAAGUGGAACCAAGCAACGAGUCAAAAUGCCUGGCUUUGGCCCGGGUCGCGUAUGGUCAGUCUGGCGCACACAAAAAAGUUGCUCUGUGCCUAUGUAAAUGGGGACGAAUUUCUGGAGCGAUGGAUUAUAUUCAGCAACUGGAGCGUUUUUCUAUGAUUACUUCUUUCUGUUGGAAAGCUGUCCUAGCACUGCAUGAAUUUGCUGUCUCAGUCAACACCGAUCACAAAAGGCAUGGUUUUGAGCUUCUGGAGGAAAUGAGCAAGAAAAGUAUAGACGCAUUGGAACAGGUUAUUCUAAAUUAUACUGUUUGUACUUUGGAAGACUGGAAUAAGAUAGCAGUUGUUUGUGCAGAAAAUAAGCAUUAG